GAAAUGGAGGCUUCACAUGCUUCGGCCGCUUAUUAUAAGCAACGUUUCUCUUUCUCCCAUUCUCUCUCUGUCUCUCUCUCUCUCUCUCUCUCGCUCUCUCUCUCUCCUCAACCAACUCCGUUCCGUUCAUCCCUUAAUUCCCUCCUCUUUCCCUUUCUCCCCAUAAUUCCAUUCCAUCAAAACUCAAAACUUUCCCCCCAUUUCCACCAAUUUUCAUCUCACCUCAAAAAAAAUCAUUCCAUUAUCGAUUCCAUAUUUAUAGGAGAGAAUUUCAAGAAUCAGGAUCAGGUUGAGUUGAGUUGAGUUGAGUUGAGUUAAUGGCAUCACCAUCUCUGAUUUCGAAUCCCGUAACGACCGAUCGAGCAAGGGAUUCAACAAGAAAGAAAAAGAAGAAGAAAAUCCAAUCCUCAUCCAAACACGGCCUUAAUCAACCCCAAGAUCAUGCCAGGUGGAAAUCCCAAACCCAACAACAAAUCUACUCUUCCAAACUCCUUCAAGCCUUGAGCCACGUCACCAUCUCUAACCCCUCCGCCUCCCGAGAGGACCAGCCGGAGCCCACGCCGCCCGCUCCCACUCCGCGCCGAGGCCGUGCCGUCCGUGAAGCCGCAGACAGAGUCCUUGCUGUAGCCGCUAAGGGCCGGACUCGGUGGAGUCGAGCCAUUCUUACAAGCCGGCUAAAACUCAAGUUUAGAAAGCAUAAGAAGCAGAGGCUACCGACCCCGGCGGCGGCGACUAACGUUAGUAGCCGGUCGAAGAAGCCGAGAGUGAGUGUUUUUAGGUUAAAGGGGAAGAGUUUGCCGGCGGUUCAGAGGAAAGUUCGAGUUCUUGGCCGGUUGGUUCCCGGCUGCCGGAAGCAACCUUUGCCUGUGAUUCUAGAAGAGGCUACCGAUUACAUAGCCGCUUUGGAGAUGCAAGUCCGAGCCAUGACCGCCCUAGCCGAGCUACUAUCUGGCUCGACUUCUGGCGCCAGCUCAAGUUCUGCGCCACCAACCUGAUUUUAAUUUUUUUCCUUUUCUUUUUUUAUUAUUUUUUUUUAAUUUAAAAAAAAAAAAUCAGGUUGUAUUUUUCUCUUAAUUUGUCUACCUUCAUCUUCAGGUAAUUUUGUCUGUUAAAUACAAGGUAUUAUAUUAUAUAUAUCAUCAUCAUUAUCAUGAUCAAAGUAAUCUUCUUUGAAAUAUGAGUUUGUAUAAUAACUGAAUUUAUUGAAUAUUCCAAUAUCCUUAAUUAUUUUCUUUUUUA